AUGUCUACCUCAGAAAAACGUACGGAGCAGCGGGCAGUUAUAAAAUUCUGUGCGAUGUCUGGAAUGACUCCGACUGAUACCUGGAAGUUUUUGAAUCAGAAGGAGGGUGUUCAUAAUUGUUCUAGGACACUUGUGUUUGACUGGCACAAGCGUUUUAGGGAAGGUCAGACGGAAAUUACCGAUAGUGCACGAAGCGGAAGACCGGGUAACGAUCAGCGCUUAAUCCAAGAUGUGAAGGACGUCAUCGCCAAAGAUCGGAGAAAGUCGAUUGAUUAUAUACCGCCGGGCUUUGUCAUAGAACUGUUACUUACAGAUGAAAACAAAGCAACCCGUGUAGACGCUUCCCGAGAAUUUUUACGGCGAUGUGAUAGAGACGGCGAACGAUUCCUAAGGCGUAUUAUCACUACGGAUGAGACGUGGGUGAACUUUUACGUCCCGGAGAGUAAACGAGAGUCGAUGGUGUGGAAGCGACCUUCAUCACCUCCCCCCCAAGAAGGCGAAAACAUGCAAGCCGGCAAAGAAAGUUAUGUUGUGCGGGGGGAUCUAACGAACGCUAUCAGGAAAAAGCGAGCAGGGUGCGACGUCGAAAAUUUCAUUUUUCAUCAAGAUAACGCUCCAGCACACCGCGCAGACGAGACACUCCUUACUAUUGACUUCUUAGGAUAUGAGCGGCUACGUCAUCCCCCUUAUAGCCCCGAUCUCGCCCCCUUAGACUUUUGUGUUUUCCCUAGACUGAAAGCAGAUUUGAGGGGUCGGAGUUUUGAUACAGAAGAUGAGAUCAAAUAUGCCGUGAGGUCCGCAAUAAGAAGUUACACUCCAGAGUGGUAUGCAGACAUUUACCGGAAGUGGGUACAGCGGCACAGUAAGUGUAUUGAACACAAUGGGGACUAUUUUGAAAAAGCAUGA